GGAGGGGGGCAGACGAGGCGGCAACGAGCCUCCUCCUCGCGGCAGUGCAGCUUCAAGCGGGGCGGGGAAGGUGCGCGUUCAAAACCGAGGCGCAGAGAAAGAGCUGUGAAUUCCAUUACAAGAUUGGUUAUAAGUUACCAAAACGACCUGUCUUCACAAAUAUGGGUGGAAUCAUUUCCAGAUGGCGGCAGACAAAGUCUUCCACAAUAGAAGUAUUGGAAAAAAUAGAUAAGGAUAUCCAGGCGCUAGAAGAGUUUAGAGAGAAAAACCAGAGGCAGCAGAAGCUAUGGGUUGGAAGGUUUAUCCUCUAUUCAUCUGUUCUCUACCUUAUUAGCUGUCUAAUUAUCUAUUUGUGGUAUCUGCCUGAUGAGUGGACAGCAAGGUUCGUCAUGACUCUUCCACUGUUUGCAUUUCCACUGAUAAUUUGGUCCAUAAGAACACUCCUCAUUUUCUUCUUUUCUAAAAGAACAGAAAGAAACAAUGAAGCUUUAGAAGUUCUGAAAGCCGAGAAGAAAAAAAUACUUGAAGAAGUAAUGGAAAAAGAAACUUACAAGGCUGCUAAACUAAUCCUUGAAAGGUUUGAUCCCGAAGCCAAGAAGGCAAAGGAUGUUGAACCGCCAUCUGCUGGAGCAUCUGCAGUUCCAAGACCCGGCCAAGAACUUCGUCAUCGGACCCCAGUUCGAGGCAGCGUGUCUCCCCCGACCCCUGCUUCACCAAAACAGGGAUCUCCAAAAGGACCAAGCCCAGCGCCUCCAACUCCUGGCUUGCAGAGAGAGAUUUCGGCACCGGGCGGACCUCCUGAGAGAUCUAUUACAUCACCCUUGCAGCCAAAUGUGUUACCAAGACAUCCCGGGUCCCGUGCCACUUCAGUGCCUGGAAUGGGUCUUCAUCCUCCAGGACCUCCGUUGGCAAGACCUAUUCUUCCUCGAGAAAGGGGAGCAUUGGAUAGAGUUGUUGAAUACUUAGUUGGAGAUGGUCCACAGAACAGAUAUGCACUUAUAUGCCAACAGUGUUCCUCACAUAAUGGAAUGGCUUUGAAGGAGGAAUUUGAAUAUAUCGCAUUUAGGUGUGCCUACUGCUUUUUCCUGAAUCCUGCAAGAAAAACAAGACCUCAAGCUCCACGACUUCCAGAUUUCAGUGCCGAAAAGAAGCAGCCUACAGAGGCACAGAGCACGACUGAACCUCUGCAGUUGGGGGAAGAAAAGUUAGAAGAGAAUCAAAUGGCUGAAGACCCUUUAGAAGAAGCCACCCAACCUACUGAGACAAACCAGGAAGAUGACCAAGCUUUGACUAUUGAAGACCAAAGCCGUGACGUAGUUUCGGCAGUGGCUGAAGAGCAACCAGGAAGCGAAGCCAAAACUGCCACCCCAGACUCUGAGUUUGCUGUUCCAACUUCCCAACGACAGGAACCACUAGCAGAAGAAUAAAGUGCCUAAUUAUUUUUAGCUACGCUCUUUCAGCUGUUACUUUUUUGUCAGGUGGGCUGCUUUCAAAAGCUGCAGUGUCGCCACUCUCAUGAGCUCAGACUGCCACUGUAUGUUGAAGCUAAGUGUACUACGAGGUAUUUUGUUGCAAGUGUGGGGGCAAGUUAAAGCACUUCAAAAUGUGCCACUUAGCUGAAGUCUAACCCAAGCACAGGUAUCCUUCCUUUUUUUGUUUUGCCUACUUUCUAAAAAAACAACCUAAAAAUGCCUAAAUGGAGUAUUUUACAUACAAGUGAUUUAAUAUAUAGUAUUAUUUGGUUUUUGAACAAAGUGCUGUAAAUAACUAAAAGGAUGUGUAAUUCUUGGUUUAGUAAACUUAGGUUUUUUUGGGGGGGGGUAAUAUUUAGGUAUUGAAUGACUUUUGAGUAUCUAGAUGUUUACAGGACAAAGGGUGCUUAGGUAUUUAUCAUAAGCAGUACGAAAGUGUCAAUACAACUAAAACUUAGUCACUCCUUACCCUUUUUUGUUUUCCUUUGAGAGAAUGUAAGUUGUUAAAGGGUUGUCCAAAGUAUGAUAUAUCCUUUUGGAGCUAUAUGCACAGCAGAUGAGCUAACAGCAUGUGAAAUAGAAAGCUAGUUUGUGUUUACAUAAAGCGUAGGAAUAUCCGCACUUGACUGUACUUGAAUACUGCGCAUUAUUUAUACCUGUACAAUAAUGACUAUAAAAGUGAAUUUUGUGUAUUUUGUUAAAGGAAAAUAAAGACUGUAGCAUUA